AUGGUUGAAGAUUUAACUAAUGAAAUAAAUAAUGCAACAGCUGAUGAAAGAAAAAUAUUAGAAGAACGAUUAAAUGAUAUUAGUAUACGUAUGAAAACUAAAAAAUUAAAAGAUUCAAAGCAUCAAAAUACAACUUGUGAAGAAUAUUAUGAAGAAUCAUUGUCUGAUGAUGAUGAAUCGAAGCAGAAGAAGAAAAAGGACGCGUAUUACCCCGUCUAUGACGACUUAGUAAGUUGA